AUGACAGACGACUACCAAACCUACAAGCUUGGUAACUUCAAGCUCAAGUCUGGAGGAGAGCUCCCAGAUGCUUUCAUCGCGUACAAGACGCUCGGAGAUCCUUCAUCGCCGGCCAUUAUCUAUCCGACAUGGUACUCAGGAAUGAUAUCGGAUAAUUUUUGGCUCACUGGCGCAGACAAGACUCUGGAUCCUUCAAAAUACUACAUCAUCAUUCCAGCUCUUUUCGGCAACGGUCAAUCGUCUUCGCCCUCCAACAUGCCGGACUUACGGCCCUUCCCUCAAGUCCUGUUUUAUGAUAAUGUCUGCGCCCAAUACGAACUUGUCACAAAGCACCUGGGCGUUAAGCAUGCAAAAGCGGUGCUGGGGUGGAGCAUGGGCGCGGGUCAAACGUUCCAGUGGGCAACACAGUACCCGGACUUCAUGGACUUUGUCGUUCCCUUCUGUGGAAGCGCAAAGACGAGCUUGCAUAACCAGGCCAUGUUGGAAGGCGUCAAGUCCGCUCUGUACGCAGCGAAAGGAACAAGCUCGGGGGGCGUGGCGAAGCCGGAGAUGUCCACUGCAGAACCUGGCUAUGCUCCCUUCACCACGGAGGCUCGGAUGAGCGGGCUGAAGGCGCUAGGGCGAGUGUACUCGGGAUGGGGCUUUAGUCAAGCCUUCUAUAGAGAGAAGCUGUACGAAACGGCUCUCGGGUUCAAGGAUAUCGACGACUUCAUGGUCAACUUUUGGGAAGCUUGGGCUUGUUCGAAGGAUCCCGAGAAUAUGUUGGUCAUGGCUGAUACCUGGCAAGCUGGGGAUUGCUCGCAACAGGAGCCGUACAACGGCGAUAUCAAGAAGGCGAUGGAGGGAAUCAAGGCCAAGGCGUUGGUGCUCCCGGCGAAGACUGAUUUAUACUUCCCGCCCGAAGACUCAGAGAUGGAGGUCCAGGCCAUGAAAUCGGGUGUAGGCGAGCUGAAGAUCUUCCCGAGUAUAUGGGGUCAUUGGGCGGGAGGCCCUGGUCAAAGCACCGAAGACGUGAAGUGGCUGGACGAUAAUCUGAGGGACCUUUUCUCUGGCGGUCGACAAGGAUCUGACGAACAUGCUUAUGUUAUCCGCGAUAAGAAAUGA